AUGGCUUCAUCGGAUCCUCCCAAUAUUGACAAAAGCGGGAAGUACAAAUCUCCAAGAUAUCUUCCCUGUUCACAUUCAUUUUGUCACGAUUGUUUAUCGUCACAUAUUGUGGACUGUUGUGAAUCUAAGGAGUCCCCUGUAGGUUUUAAUUGUCCAGUAUGUCAGGUAUUCAUUCCAAGUAACGGCGAGUUUGAAACUCCCGAAAGAUGGGCAGGUCUUUAUCCUGUUAAUACCAUUUUGAUGAAACUGGUCGUUUCGCCAGAACAGAAACAUUGCGCUGCCUGUAUGAGAGAUAAUGAAGAAGUAGAGGCGAUAGACUACUGUUUGGCCUGUAAUGAAGAACUCUGUAAAACAUGCUCAAAGUGUCACAGAAAAGGAUUGACAACUCGGGAUCAUAAGAUCUGUUCAUUAAAGGAGCUUCAAUUUCAGAACGGCUCACAGCUUUUAGAAUCUAAUACAUGUCCAAAACAUAUCGGCAGACCAGUGGAACUCUACUGUGAUAAUCAUGGGGUUUUCUGUUGUGGGUUGUGUUGUGGACUUGAUCAUAAAAAAUGUGAAAAUGUUUGCAGUAUAGAAGAGGCACUGGAGAGUUUGGAAAAGGACACACAACGAUUGAUAGAUACUUUGCACAAAAAUGUUGAAAAACAUGAACAACAUCUAACCUCUGUCAAGAAAAAAGAGGAAGCCAAAAUUAAAAAGUUAGAAAAUCUACCCGAGACAGUGUCAGCUAAGUUCAAAGAAUUUCGAAUGGAAGUUGAACAGGAACUAAAUAAAAUUGAAGAAAAUGAUUUAAGUUGCUUAAAUAAAAUCAUCGCAGAGAAAAAAAUGGAAUUGCAGAAAUAUAUAACUUCACUUUCUGAAAAAAUCAUUUGUGAGAAUCAUUUAAUUUCUCUUCUGAAGGAAAUGGAAAGGAAGGAUAUAGACCGAGACACGUUGAUAAGGUUGAAGCAAUCUAACAAGAUACAUGAAUAUAUAAAGAAAACAAAUGCACCCGCAAUGGAAAUUAAAACAGAAUUCUCACUGAAACGUAGUGAAAUACUUGAUUCGUUGGCUAGCUUGUCAAUUUCUGUUGGGAAGUAUACCAAUGCAUGUUUCUGGGAAAUCAGGAGACGGGACAAAUUAGGUGAAUUUGAUCUAAUGAUUAAAGACGUAGAUUAUCCAGAAGUUCACAGAAAAGAACACUAUGAACUUAACGAUGGGACUUUUUUACCAAACGGUAACAUCAUAGUGGCUGGGUAUUGUGGUACGGAAUGCUAUCUUUUCAGCAACGACUUCAACUUCUUAAAGAAAAUUGACAUUGGUUACUGUCCUCGUGACAUUCUUUUAAAAGGAGAAGAAUUAUUUGUCAGUUGUCCUAACGACAAAUCCAUACAAGUGCUGUCAUUAGAGGAUUUCAAAAUAUUAAGAACUAUUCAUAUUGGUGAGAGGUGCGACGGUUUAGCGAGCUUUAGAGACAAUCUGUAUGCUGCAUGUUACUCUUCCAUCAUUGAAUUCGAUCAUCAAGGAAAUAUAUUGCGAAAUUUUUGGACUGAAAAUUACGUUUGUAAUUUAAUUGUGAAUAAAGAUGGCCAUAUCAUUUACAGCAGUAGUACCGACUCUCAUUGCGUCAAAGCGCUGUCACAAGAAGGGGAUGUACUUUGGACCUACAGAAGUACAAAUUUAAAUGCUCCUUAUGGACUUGACACAGAUUCCGCAGGCAACAUUUAUGUGGCUGGCAAAUUCAGUCAAAAUAUUCAUAUCCUUAGUAAAGACUUUUCAUCAGUAACUAUCGUAGAAAACAUAUUCUCUCCAUUUUUUAUAAAGAUUAACGAAAGCAAACAAAAAUGUUUUGUGAUUGCAUACACUGGACAUUUGAGGGUUUAUGACAUGAAGCCAUCGAUUGGAGGUAGAGAAAAGGAAGAGGCAUGACGCCCAGUCAUAAUUUCUAUUGAUGAAAACUUUUUUUGAUUUUUCUUACACUACUGUUUCUAUUUAAUCUU